AUGGGAGUAGGAUCCGCUGGAAUCUACAUUCACGAAUUAUAUGACGUUUACAAAGUAGAAAGAAUUAUUAGAGUAGGUAGUUGUGGAUCUUAUACAGAUACUAUUGCUUUAGGGGAUACAGCUUUAAUUAAUGAAUCAGUUACUGAAGAUACUUUAUUACCUGAUCUUUUCUAUGAUGGUAAAUCUAUGCCUUAUUUAAAACCUAACGAAGAAUUAACAGAGAAACUAAGACAGUCUGCUAAAAAACUAGGAUAUGACCUUCCAGAAGGUAGAUCCUACUGUAAAGAUGUUCUUUAUGCUCCUAUGACUGCUGAUGAUAUGGCAACUAAAUUUGGAGUUAAGUUAGCUGAAUUUGAAUCUUACGCUUUAUUCUUUUACGCCGAUAUGAUGGGUAAAAAAGCAGCAGCUUUAGCAGCAGUUGUUGGUACUCGCGAUCCAGUAACUAAUAUGCCUGUUUUAUUAGCUGCAGAAAAACAUAUGGAUAUGAGAUGUAAAGCUAUUGAAAUUGUAUUAAACGCUGGACUUGAGGACUAA